AUCUACCGCUUUCAACACCGACAAUGGCAUCUCAUUCCUUGCGGGAUGAAUUUCUUAUCUUGAGCGGUGAGCAGUUGAAGAAUUGCCGAUGUCGACUGUAAAGAAGAUGAUGGUAACCGAGAAAUUAUUCUGUGCGGAUGCCGACACAGCUCUAUAUCUAGAUGCCGUGGUACCGAGGGGUACCGAGCGUCAGUACCGAGCAGUACCAAGCCGCAGUACAUUAAAAGACAUAUUUGAUAGAAUGGAGAAAAAAUUAGGAAUGUCUCUGUGGAUUCUGUUGUUUCUUUUUAUCUGGUCCUUUCCUGGGAAUGCUGCUCAACCACAUACUGACAGAACAAUUAAAGUUAGAGGGGAUUUCAUAGUGGCUACAACAAAUGAUAAUUAUAUCUGUGCUACUCUUGAUUGGUGGCCAGCUGAGAAGUGUAACUAUAAUCAGUGUCCAUGGGGAGACUCAUCUGUAUUAAAUCUGGACAUAAACCAUCCUUUUCUAGCCUCAGCUAUAAAAGCCUUCACCCGAUUGAGGAUAAGGAUUGGGGGUACUUUGCAAGACCGAGUUGUGUAUGGUAUGCCAAACCUGGGCUAUCCAUGCCUCCCAUUUGUAAAGAUGGUUGAUGGACUGUUUGGCUUCUCCAAAGGUUGUUUAAGCCUGAAAAGAUGGAAUGAACUUAACACUCUGUUCCAACAGACUGGAGCAGUUGUAACAUUUGGCCUUAAUGCACUCCGUGGGCGACAUAAUAUACGCCAUGGCGUAUGGGGAGGUGCCUGGAAUUUGACCAAUGCUCGUGAUUUCAUAGGAUACACCAUUUCAAAAGGAUUUCCUGUUGAUUCAUGGGAAUUUGGAAAUGAGUUGAGUGGACAAGGAGUUGGUGCAUGUGUUGAUGCCGAGGUUUAUGGACAAGACCUGAUUGGCCUUAAAGCUGUUAUUGAUGAGUUGUACCAUAAUUCAACCUCCAAACCACUGUUACUUGCUCCAGGAGGCUUCUUUGAUAAACAAUGGUAUACUCAAUUGCUUCAGACUUCGGGGCCUGGUGUUGUUGAUGGCAUCACACAUCAUAUAUACAAUCUCGGGCGAGGUGCGUAUCUUGAUAUGGCCUAUGGAUGGGACAACAACUAUGAUAGGAAGUAUUUGGAUCAGCUAGGAAUGGCAUCUAAAUUCAACACCAAGACUUACUGCAGACAAAGUUUAGUUGGUGGGAACUAUGGUCUCCUUGAUACCGAGACAUUUAUACCAAAUCCUGACUACUACAGUGCACUGUUGUGGCAUCGGCUUAUGGGGAAGGUAGUUCUUUCUGUGGAUAACAAUGGGUCUUCCUUCCUACGUGCUUAUGCUCACUGUGCCAAAGAAAAGGCUGGAGUAUCUUUGGUCCUAAUCAACUUGAACAACACUGAGUUCAGAAUCACAGUCCAAAAGGUGAUGAAAAACAAAAUGAACGAGGAUUAUGAAACUAAGAAUAAUGGCUCUCUUUCUGAUGGUUUGAAGAAGAAGGCUUACUUGAUUGGAAUGGAAGCACCCUCCAGCUCAAUCAAGCGAGAAGAGUAUCAUCUAACAGCAAAAGAUGGUAACCAUAGAAGUAGAACAAUGUUGCUAAAUGGAAGAACUCUGGAACUUUCUGAAGAUGGACAAAUUCCAGAUUUAGUUCCUUCCUAUGUAUACAGCAAUUCGCCAAUUAUAGUAGCUCCUCUCUCCAUUGUAUUUGUUGUGAUUCCAAACUUUGAUGCUGAAGCUUGUUCAUAACAACAUAUAUAUAGUUCCUGCCAUGUACCUUCUGAUGCCAAAGAGAGCUCUAUCUAUGUAACAAUCUAAUUUUAUGUUUAAAUCACAAAUUGCUCUAAGAUUAAGUAAUAUUGUGGUGUAGACACAUCAAGUUGUGAUGUCAUUUUUUUGAGAAGAAGCUGGUCUUUAAACGCC